AUGAAGCUGGCCGGACGAAAUGUCCAAGUGGUGCCGAUUGCUAUUGCGCUGGUAUUGCUAUGGAUCCUAUAUCGUACUGUUCUUUGGCUCAGGUUCCAUCGAAAGUACAAAUUUCCUAAUCUCGUGCCCGGUGUGCCCCUGUUCGGGAACAUGCUGCAGAUCCCAACCGAUACAGCUGGGCGGCGUCUGUAUCUCCAUAAACUGGCUAGGAAACAUGGCGAAAUGUUCACUCUCAAGGUAGGCUCCAAUUACUGGAUAUUCAUGAACUCUCAGCGCGUCGCCAAUGAGCUGCUCGACAAGCGCGGAGCACGCUACAUCUCACGGCAGAAUCUGCCCAUGCCCGGAGACGUUGCCUCUGGCGGAAAGCGCGUCGUCUUCAUGCCAUACGGCAACCUCUGGAAGUGGGAGCGCAAGCUCAUACACGAGAUCAUCGGCCCCGGAAACCGCAACGUCUUUGCCCCUCUCCAGGACGUCGAGUCACGAACACUAUUAUACGACUACCUCACAGAGCCUGAUCUGUGGAAUCAGGCAAACGCCCGAUAUGCCAGCUCCCUUAUAAUGAGCAUGGUGUUUGGGCGGAGGACAAAAAUGGGAGACCCCAACGUUGACAGGAUCAUUGAGACGAAUAACGAGAUCAUGAAGAUGUUUGAACCUGGCUCCAGCUUGAUCGAUUCAUUUCCCUUCUUGGCAUACAUUCCUCUCCCAAAAGCUAUUCAGCCAUGGAGGUGGUGGGGCGACAGUGUCUUUGAACAAUCCAAGAAAAACUUUUCUGAAGAGUUUGAAGGACUUGCCGCGCGAGAACAGCAAGGAAAGAACGUAACGUGCUUUGUUUCAGAGUUCAAAAGGCUUGGAAGAGAUAAGGUACUUGACUAUGAGUCAACUGUCUUCCUCGCUGGAUCUCUCAUUGAAGCGGGAUCUGAUACCACGCGUGUGGCUUUGAACCAACUUGUGGCUGGGGCAGCGCUGUUUCCCGACUUUGUACAGCGUGCGCGUCAGGACUUGGACAAUAUAUGUGGUGCAGAUGCGCAGAGACUUCCGGUCGCGAGCGACAUCGCAAGUUUGCCCUACAUCAAAGCCAUCGGCAAGGAAGUUCUUCGAUGGAACAUUUCGUUUCCAGAAAUUGCACAUUCCUUAAUUGAGGAUGACUCUUUCGAAGGAUACAACAUUCCAGCAGGAACCAAUGUCAUCUGGAAUAGCUGGGGUGUUCACAUGGACGCUUCUGAGUACGAAAAUCCGGAAACAUUCUUGCCAGAGAGAUUUAUGAACGAGGACCUUGACAAGCCCAUCAAGGGACAUUUGGCAUUUGGAGCAGGUCGCCGAGUAUGUCCCGGAUGGGUCAUCGCUAGUAACAGCCUCCACCUACUGAUUGCGCGUGUACUGUACUGCUUUGACUUCCACCAAGUUCCAGGGCAUCCAAUUCCAGUUGGGAAGCCGUUCGAGAUCGGAACAGAGAAGCCCUAUGAGGUUAGAAUUAGUGUUCGUAGUGCGGCUCAUACGGCAUUGAUCAAGGCGGAUUGUGCAGAGGCAGCAAGCUUUUGA